AUGAGCGACUCAGACACAGCUUUACUCCCCUGGGAGAGCGUCAACGAUGCGUUCUUUGGAUCUCAUUGUGACUCGACAGCCCCGCAGAUAACAUCGCUGCUCUCGGCCUGCUCGUAUCCCGUGCCCCAACAGAUCAGGCAACAGCAAAGAAGACAACAAGAUGUCCAACUCCCCCUUCUUGGUGGAAUCAUACCGGAGAAUCAAUUGCUUCUCUAUAAUAACGACACUCAGCCGACUCAGCCGGCAGUAAAGUCUCUGAAACGCACUCGCACUGAGGUAGAGAAGUCUGGCUCAUCGGCACUCACUAAACGAGGUCGACCGCGAAAAGUAGCCCAGGACGCCGCAGAUGAAGAUCCAGAAGAGAUUGAUCAACUCGAGCAGAGACGUCGGAGACAGAUCCGGCUUGCGCAACGCGCAUAUCGCUCACGAAAAGAAGCCAACCUCUCGUCUUUGAAAGGUCGCAUCUCCGAACUCGAAGGAAUUGUGGAAAAGAUGAGUACAUCUGUUUUAUCGCUCAGUGACGAGCUGGUUCGGUCGGGAGUAUUGGCAUCCCAUGCUGGUCUGACGGAACAUCUGCGCGAUACCGUACAGACAUGUCUCACCCUAGCCAGAGAGGCUAGCAAUGAUAGCCCUCAGGAGGUUACGACUAUUUCGCCGCCUCAAACCGAUGACGGCCUGCCAGAUUUCCUGCCGCAUGAACAGUAUAGCCAAUCGGCACAGAUUGUGGAACUGGACGAGAGCGUUUCCUCCAUCUUGGAGCCUAAUCUACAUCUGGAGCUUAGAGAAUCACCGAUAACGUGGAGCAAGCAAAUCCCUCGCUUCUUCGAGUCAUCGGAAACCGCUGAAAUGGAUUUGACUGUAUUCACUGACAGACUCCACAUGUCAUGCGUCUAUCAAGGGUGUUUUGCCCUUUGUGACGAAUCCAUCGGUAUAGACAGUAUACAGAAGCAUUUUUGCCUGCUACUUCAGGUUAUGGACAGAAAACGUAUCGCAUCAUACUUCCAAGCCGCGUUGAAUGAGAAAGAGAGUCGAAAGUAUUUUGCGGAGUGGGAAGAGGUACCCUUCUUCAGUCUGGGGGGCGCAGGAACCCAUUACUCUCGGUCUUCCCUGAAGAGCAAAGCAGCGGAUCGUCCAUUCCGGCCUGGGGUGCGGUGGGUUUCCGUGCGAUCGGUAUCACACUUCCCGCAACAUAUACAGACCAAGCUUGAAGGGGACUGGUUUGAUAUGGGUGACCUGGAAGGAUACCUGAGGGAGCAUGAUGUACAUCUUCUCACAUAUCCUCCCAUGGAUCCCGCGCGCCAUCGUCUCAAGGGAACAGCGAUAAAUGCAGCACGUUUCAUACAGGGUAUGGUUCCAUUUCGCUCCUUGCUUCUCGAUUCUUAA